AUGCAAAGAAUUAACUUUGCUAGUUUCUUCUAUUUCGAGGCAUUCGUUACUUUUGAGUUGAUUUGGGCGAGUUUGAAUAGCAAUGACAAUUAAUUAUGGAUCCCAAUCUUAUUACACUAUAUUGGUCUAAUUGUUAAGAUGGCCCUGAUGAAAUAUUCAGAUCUCAAAGUGUUAUGGAUUGUAGGAGUGGGGAAUGAUGGGAUAGUCUUCGGAUUAUUGCAAAACGACAAUUAAGAUUUGACAUAUUUAUAUGUAGAGUAGAUUUAAAUUUUUAGGUACUUAUAUUGAUAUAGUUUGAACUGCUGUACGACACAAAAAUGUUCUAUAACCAGAGUAUUCUGGUGCUGUUUUGGGGGAUGGUUUCUCAAAUUUUGUACAAUUAUUUGGAGGUGUGGAGAUUGAUGUUAACUUUGGGAUAAUGUGUUGCAUUGCUUGGAUUUUUAUACUUUAUAAACCGAAAAAAGAAGAAGACAUCUAUAGCCAAAUCAAACUAAUGUGUGCAAUAGGAGACCAUUUAGAGUGCAAAGAUGCAUAUUCUUAAAUUAAUGUAUGAGUGAUCAGUAACCGAGGCCCUGGAUGACGGAUCAAAAAUUCAUUGUCCUAAAUGAUCAUUUUAAAUGUCUCCACAAUCAAUCUGACAUCUGUUAGUUGAUGGAAAGCGAUAGGGAUGAAGCCAUCGAACGUUUGUUGGAUGUAAGAUGCGAUACCUAUUCUUAAAAUCUAGUAAAAGUGUUAUCAGAAAAUAAUACAAAUAUUAUUUCAUCUCCCUUCAAAUUGCCAUUCUUGAAACCUGACAUCAGAACCAUUUUGUCAUCUCUAUUAUGUGAUAUGAAUUCCUAUUACUCCUACUUCUGUGUGGCUGAUUUGGAUUAUAAAAAUCUUAUUAAUGUUAGAUUAAACUUUUUUGUGUUGAGCGAUAACUUUAUCGACUACUUAAUCAUCCAAUUUGAACCCUCAAUGAAAACAAUCAACAAAUCUGUUUACACCUUUCCAGAUAACUUCAAACUAAACAACACCAACAAUUUAUACAACAACUCAAACCAUUCAAAGCAAACUUACGAAUCUUUAUCAAGCGAAUUACUAGGCAACAUAUUCCAAUCUAUUUCUCAUGAGUUUGGAACAUUUCUCAAUUGCAUUGUCACUGUCUCAUCCGAAGCUAUGGACAAUGAACUAAUUAAUGAACAAGUCAAAGCAACCUACAUCGAACCUACCUACAUCAACUCCAAAUUGCUCUCUUAUGUACUUCAGAGUGUGAGGGAUUUCAACACCAUAUUAUUGAAACAAUUCGCUUUGAGACUUCAGGAAUUCAGUCCCUACGAAAUCAUUCAGGAGAUAUAAUAUUUACUGAAUUAAUAAACAACACAAAGAAAUAAUUAAAUUAUAGUAAACUGCCCUCAGCAACUUCUUGUGUAUAACGAUCAAGAUAGAUUCAAACAAGUACUAUAUCAAUUGAUGAGUAAUUCAAUACGCUUCACUGAGAAUGGCAUCAUCACAGUAUCCAUCGCCUUUUACAAGGAUAAAAUUAAGGUCAAAGUAUAGGAUAAUGGCAUUGGAAUGAAUCAGGCAGAACAGGCCAAAUUGCACAAACUAUUGAAGGACAACACCAAAUUAUUAAGGAUCUCGCAUAAUUCAGUUGGAUGUGGAUUGGGCUUGAGCAUCUCCAAUGCAAUCGUAUUGAAAAUGAAUGGAAAACAUGGAAUCCAAUUCACUAGUGAAUUAUAAAAGGGCAGCGAAUUCUUCUUCACAAUAUCCAAUUCUCAAUAACUCUAUAAUGAUAGUGUGUAUGUGGCUAGUCAAACUUACGUGAAAGUGUUAAAUUAAACCUAUUAUUUAGAAUAAUAACCAAUAUCUGAAGGCUCUCAUAAAGGCUAGAUCUUGAACAGCGAUCACAAGGAGGACAAUGGCGACACAUGGAGAGAAAAAAGUCUGUUUCAAAGCCGUGCUAUACGUUUCAGAUCAGCAGAUUCCAAAUCAUUGUUUGGAAUAAUCCAGAAAUUGUAAUAAGAAGAGGAUGAAAUUGAAUCAAGACAGGAAGAGUCUAAAAUUAUGAUACCUUCUUUAUAAGCUAGUUUCAAGUCAGAAAUAGUUAAAUUUAGUAUUGGCAGCAAUUGUUGUAGUAGGAUAUUAAUUGUAGAUGAUGAAUAUUUUAAUAUUCAAAGUCUGCAAUUGAUUCUGCAUAGAUUCAAUGCUCAUUGUGAUUUCACUUUCAAUGGACAGGAAGCAAUAAAGAAGGCGAUUUAAAAAAUGAAGGAGCCUUGUAGACACUGCUAAAAUAAUGGCUAUGUUGUAUUCUUUCUUGAUCUCAAUAUGCCGAUAAUGGAUGGGUUUGACACAGUGAGAAAUUUGAAGAAGAUGAUGCAUGAGAAUCAAAUUCCAAAAGGAAUCUGUAUAGCGAACACUGGGUAUGCUGAUUUGGAGAGCAAGCAGAAAGCCUUGAAUUCAGGAAUGGACUUUUAUAUGAUCAAGCCUAUACAAAUAAAGGAGUUGGAGUCAUAUUUGAAGAGAAAGUUCCCUUAAUGA